UGACGUUUCACGACGGCUUCGCCGCCCCAACAGUGCAUUCUGGGUUCAACCCAAGAUGGCUGCGCCCUUACAGAAGUGCUGAAGAAGUACCUCUUCGGAGAAAUUCUCGGGAUUGUUUGAGAUUUCUGCGAAAACCGUCGCUCAGAAUCAACUACCGGGGCUGCUGGUCCGUGGAAGGAGUCCACACGAGCCCAGUCAUCGAUAAGUGCGGCCGGCGUUUCGUGUGGCUGUGGCAGACUGUCCGUGUGAAGAUGGGCCUCGCCUGCAGCCCCUUCCCAUAGCGAAGAGCCGUGGGGAGAGGAGCCGCAGAUUCCCCUGCAAACACGCGCCAGUGCAGCUCGGAUUUGACGGGUUUGACAUACUCUACAGGCUCUGGACGCUACCCUACAACUUACUGACCAGGAUUGUGUGUGCGACCGUGUCUGUCAUCGUCCGGAGAAGGAGAGCUUCCACAGCCCGGGCUGAUAAUCCCACCGCACCAAGGUCUGCACGCUUCGCUGCCACUCUUAGCGCCAUUUCUGCACCUCUGCUCGGUCUCCUGCUCGUUUUGUCCAGCAGCCUAACUGGAAUCAGCUUAAAGUAAAUGGCACCGGCCUCCCGUGCAGUCUGACAUCUGACAGGAACACAGCUGUCACAUUAGCCGCGCUAGUUUAGCUUAGCUAGCUGGACUGGACUGGACUGAGCCUGCUGCUCGCCGGCAUCCGUGCAGUCAGGUUUAACACAGUUAGGCCGUUUUAGCACGGACACAGGGGCACUGAACACACAACCCAACGACCUCCUCUCUUAGGUGGCUCCAGCUGAGGAGCUGGGACAUCAUCCAGCUGGUGCUUUACUACGGAGUCAGAGCCCUGAUGAAAAUGGACUCAGACUUGCUUCAUUCACCGGCCGUGGGCCUUGCUGAGGAAGAGGAGGCUGAUAUGAAUGACUGGAAACUUCCCUUGGCCUUCAUGAAGAAGAGGCACUCAGAGAAAAUUGAGGGCUCCAAGGCCCUGGCGCAGAGCUGGCGGAUGAAGGACAGGAUGAAGACUGUGAGCGUGGCGCUGGUGUUGUGUCUCAACGUGGGAGUGGACCCUCCUGAUGUGGUCAAGACCUCCCCCUGCGCCAGACUGGAGUGCUGGAUAGAUCCUCUGUCGAUGAGUCCACAGAAAGCUCUGGAGACUAUUGGGGCCAACCUGCAGAAGCAGUAUGAAAACUGGCAGCCCAGGGCUCGUUACAAGCAGAGUCUGGACCCCACAGUGGAUGAAGUGAAGAAACUGUGCACAUCACUGAGACGCAAUGCUAAGGAGGAACGAGUCCUCUUCCACUACAACGGCCACGGAGUGCCACGGCCCACCGUCAACGGAGAGAUCUGGGUCUUUAAUAAGAACUACACCCAGUACAUCCCGCUGUCCAUCUACGACCUGCAGACGUGGAUGGGGAGCCCGUCCAUUUUUGUGUACGACUGCUCCAAUGCGGGAAUCAUCGUCAAGUCCUUCAAACAGUUCGCCCUGCAGAGAGAGCAGGAGCUGGAGGUGGCAGCCAUCAACCCCAGCCACCCGCUUGCUCAAAUGCCCCUGCCUCCCUCCAUGAAGAACUGCAUCCAGCUGGCUGCCUGUGAGGCCAGUGAGCUGCUGCCCAUGAACCCUGACCUCCCCGCUGACCUCUUUACAUCCUGUCUCACGACGCCCAUCAAGAUCGCCCUCCGAUGGUUUUGUAUGCAGAAGAGCGCCAAGUUGGUGCCAGGGGUGACGUUAGACCUCAUUGAGAAGAUCCCUGGCAGGCUCAAUGACAGACGCACACCCCUCGGAGAGCUCAACUGGAUCUUCACAGCCAUCACGGACACAAUCGCCUGGAAUGUUCUGCCUAGAGAUUUGUUCCAGAAGUUGUUUCGUCAGGACCUGCUGGUGGCCAGCUUGUUUCGUAAUUUUCUGUUAGCAGAGAGGAUAAUGAGGUCAUACAACUGUACACCGGUCAGCAGCCCUCGCCUGCCCCCUACAUACAUGCACGCCAUGUGGCAAGCGUGGGACCUGGCCGUGGACAUAUGCCUCUCUCAGCUGCCUACCAUCAUCGAGGAGGGCACCGCCUUCAGACACAGUCCUUUCUUCGCAGAGCAGCUGACAGCAUUUCAGGUGUGGUUGACGAUGGGCGUAGAGAACAGAAACCCACCUGAGCAGCUCCCAAUUGUAUUGCAGGUGCUCCUGAGUCAGGUGCAUCGGCUGCGUGCUCUCGACCUGCUUGGACGGUUUCUGGAUUUGGGACCCUGGGCCGUCAGUCUGGCCUUGUCCGUGGGGAUCUUCCCCUACGUGUUAAAGCUGCUUCAGAGCUCAGCCAGAGAGCUGCGGCCGCUGCUGGUUUUCAUCUGGGCUAAAAUCCUUGCUGUGGACAGUUCAUGUCAAGCUGACCUGGUGAAAGACAAUGGACACAAAUACUUCCUGUCAGUGUUGGCUGACAGCUACAUGCCGGCUGAGCAUCGGACCAUGGCCGUCUUCAUCUUAGCUGUCAUCGUGAACAACUACACCACAGGGCAGGAGGCCUGUCUGCAGGGCAACCUGAUAGCGAACUGCCUGGAGCAGCUGUCAGACCCCCACCCCCUGCUCCGCCAGUGGGUGGCCAUUUGCCUGGGCCGCAUCUGGCAGAACUUUGAUCCAGCGCGCUGGUGUGGGGUUCGGGACAGCGCCCACGAGAAGCUCUACACUCUACUUUCGGAUCCCAUCCCAGAGGUGAGGUGUGCGGCUGUCUUCGCUUUGGGAACGUUUGUGGGGAACUCUGCUGAGCGGACGGACCACUCCACCACCAUUGACCACAACGUGGCCAUGAUGCUGGCCCAGCUCAUCAACGAUGGCAGCCCUGUGGUCCGAAAGGAGCUGGUGGUAGCACUGAGCCACCUGGUCGUCCAGUAUGAGAGCAACUUCUGUACUGUUGCCCUCCAGUUUAUAGAAGAGGAGAAGAACUACUCUGUGCCAUCACCGGCCAACACCGCAGAGCCUGGAAACCUGACUCCAGUAAGGGACAGCCCGGCCAUCCCUCGCUUACGAUCGGUCAACUCCUACACCAACAUUCGGACUGCUACCACUGCCCGCAACCUGAACAAAAGCCUACAGAACCUCAACCUCAACGAGGAGGGUGGACCAGCAGCCUUCUCUCCUGGUAACUUGAGCACCAGCAGCAGUGCCAGCAGCACCCUGGGGAGUCCCGACAACGAUGAGUACAUCCUCUCCUUUGAAACCAUUGACAAAAUGCGGCGGGUGUCCUCGUAUUCUUCGCUGAACUCCCUUAUAGGUGUGUCCUUCAACAGUGUUUACACUCAGAUCUGGAGAGUGCUGCUUCACCUGGCUGCGGACCCUUUUCCUGAAGUGUCAGAUCUGGCCAUGAAGGUCCUCAAUAGCAUCGCAUACAAGGCGACGAUGAACGCCAGACCUCAGAGGAUCCUGGACUCAGGAUCGCUCACCCAGUCAGCCCCAGCCAGCCCCACCAGCAAGGGCACGCACAUACACCAGGCUGGUGGUUCUCCGCCUAUGCCCAGCACCAGCAGCUCCAGUCUGACCAAUGAUGUUACCAAACCCCCCACCAGGGAGCAGCCGGCCACACGACCUCCCUACACCCCAACACUGGGAGGACAGGCGCCCCACUCCCACCAGUUUACCCGCACUCGCAAAAUGUUUGACAAGGGACCUGAACAGGCAGCUGAAGACAGCGAUGAGCCGGGUGGUCACAGGAACUACAUCAGUCCGGCCCUCCAGACAGGCCUGUGUGAUUGGAGCGCCAAGUAUUUUGCUCAGCCUGUCAUGAAGAUCCCUGAGGAGCACGACCUGGAGAGUCAGGUGAGGUUGGAGCGGCAGUGGAGGUUCCUGAGAAAUGCUCGCGUGAGAAGGCAGAGUCGAAGCGUCAUACAAAGAGGUAUUUCUCGUCUGGAUGAUCAAAUAUUCAUCAAUCGCAACCCUGGAGUACCGUCAGUGGUGAAGUUUCACCCCUUCAACACCUGCAUCGCCGUGGCUGACAAGGACAGCAUCUGCUUUUGGGACUGGGAGAAGGGCGAGAGACUGGACUACUUCUACAACGGAAACCCUCGUUAUACUCGCAUCACAUCCAUGGAGUACCUGAACGGACACGACUGCUCGUUGCUGCUCACUGCAACAGACGAUGGAGCGCUGCGUAUCUGGAAGAAUUUCGCUGACCAGAAGAACCCGGAGAUGGUGACGGCGUGGCAGGGCCUCUCCGAUAUGCUGCCCACUACCCGAGGUCAGCCCUCCAUCAGCACCCACAGUCUGGCCAGAAGGGUCUCCAUCUAUCUUGACAGGAGUAAGCAAGGAGGGGCAGGUAUGGUUGUGGACUGGGAGCAGGAGACGGGGCUCCUCAUGACGUCCGGAGACGUCCGAGUCAUCAGGAUCUGGGACACCGACAGAGAGAUGAAGGUCCAGGACAUCCCGACAGGGGCGGACAGUUGCGUGACCAGCCUCUCCUGCGACUCCCAGCGUUCGCUCAUCGUUGCCGGCCUGGGUGACGGAUCUGUGCGGGUCUUUGAUCGGAGGAUGGGCCCCAACGAAUGCCGUGUGAUGACCUACAGGGAGCACGGAGCCUGGGUGGUCAAAGCUCAUCUACAGAAGGAGACAGACGGGCACAUCAUCAGUGUCAGUGUUAACGGAGACGUGCGGUUCUUUGAUCCACGGACGCCAGAGUCCAUCAAUGUGCUGCAGACGGUGAAAGGCUUAACGGCUUUAGACAUCCACCCACAGGCCAACCUGUUCGCCUGUGGAUCGAUGAACCAGUUCAUAGCGGUCUACAACGCAAACGGGGACGUGAUCAGCAACAUUAAGUACUAUGACGGUUUCAUGGGACAAAGGAUUGGCGCCAUCAGCUGUUUAGCCUUCCAUCCCUACUGGUCUCACCUGGCAGUAGGCAGCAACGACUACUACAUGUCCAUCUACUCAGCAGAGAAGAGGCUCAGAUAACACACCAGCAUCCAUCACCUCUCUUCCCCAUCAACACAUGUGACUUGUGACCCUGAGCCUCAAGCACCGGGAUGUAAAUGAGUUUUUUUUUUUUUUUUGAUGUACAUAUGCAAUUACCACCCUGAAUGUUCUAGUGAUGGCUGCUGACGAAAACUCCUGCUACAGACGACUCUAUAUAUAUAUAUUAUUAUUAUCAUUGUUUAUUCAUAUUCUUAUUACAAAGCUAAUGAUUGUAGACUUGGCUGUGCUGAGUGUGUAUAUUUAAUAGCAUAUACAGAAGAAGAGAGGUUCUAUUUUAAAAAAAAGAGAAAAAGUGGUACCUGCCGGUCACCGGGGGGCCUCUGCUCGCCACACAGCGAGCAUCACUACCUGAACAAACUCUGACCCAAACCAGAUGUGGCGAGAGAGGGAUUUGCCCAGAGGACAGCACACACACACACACACACGCUGUUAAAACACAUUCACCGGGUCAGGAAACGAGGACUCGCCUCUCCGCUGGGCCCCGGUGUGCUUACACUGGCUGAGGACGCUGAGUUUUGUGACUCUGCCGCCAAGACGUUUGUAAGGACGGACGCAGAAAUGUUGGACUCUGAUUACUGUUCCCUGAAACGUCAAGCUGGCAGACGUGAUGAGUUUGUUUUUGUGUGUGUUAGAAGGAAUUAGAGCACAGAUGUGCCCGGCCCACAGCGGGCUCUCAUAGCCUUGGACUUGUCCAAAAAGACACCUGCUCCCAUUCUGCAGUUCUCCUCCUGGCUUCCUUGAUCCCAACGUGCCAAACAAAAUCAUAAUUUCCUUGCAGUCCCUUUUGCUGUGGCUCUGAGUGGUGUGUGUGUGUGUG